AUGGUGAAAGCGAAAUUGUCGAAAAGUGCGAGAAUCAUAACCCCGAUCUUCCCACCAUGUCCGACGACCACCCCUCCUCUCCGAUCCAUUCAAAUUCAUCUUCCCCUGACAAGACUCACAAUACCCAAAACAACCAAAAACACUCACAACACCCAAAACACUGAAAGCAACGAAACCCAAAACAACAACAACAGCAAUAGCAACAAUAACAAUAACAAUAAUUUUGUGAGGAGAGAGAGGCCGUCGAGGGCCUGUACGGCACGCUCAGCUGCGCGGCUAUACGCGGCGGCAGCGGUGGAGGCGGCAGUGGUCGCUGCCGAGAGGAAGCAGAAGCCUGCGACGCGAAAAGAGCGAUUGCCGCUGCCACCGGAGGAGGAAGAGCGGCCGCCAUCGCCGUCUACCUCGUCGCAAUGCAGCAAGAUUGUGACGCAGCUUGUGGCGGAGCCAGAGCCGUCGCAGUUGCCGCGGUGGGGCCUCCGGUCAAUGUGGGAAUUGGCUUCAAUAUUCAACUUCCUCAAUGUUUUUAGGCAUCUUUUGAAUAUUCACGCCGAAUUCUCGGCUGAAGAGUUCGAGACUGCGUUGAUUAUGCCGAAUAAUACUUUGGGGGAAAUACAUAUGCCAUUGUUGAAGGCGAUCCCUCCUGUUACCCGAAUGGCACUUGGACACAAUACUUGGGUUACUGUUCUGUGCAGAAAGUUGAGAGAUUGGUGGCAUUGGGUGGCAGAGGGGGAACUACCUAUAGUUGCAUCCCAUGGGGCUGAGGUUGAAGCUUAUAAUGCACUUGAUCCUGGGGUUCGAGUGGUGAUCUUAAAAGCGUUAUGUGAUAUUCGCAUAGAGCAAGAAGACAUUCGGAACUAUAUAGACGACUCAAUAAAACAUGGUGUUCAUCUUUCAGCAUUUCGAAAAGAACGCAUUGGGGGUGAUUCUCAUGGAAUAUCUUAUUGGUACGAAGAUGAUCCUAUCAUUGGUCAUCGGUUGUACAGAGAGAUUAGAAAAGUGGAGGUGAAAAAAGGAAAGGGUAAAAAUGUACAGCCCAUUCCUAAUUCAUCCUACCGGUGGGAAACUGUUGCAACUAGUUUGGAUGAAUUUCAAGAUGUUUCUGAGAAGCUGUUCUCAAGUAAAAAUAGGACAGAGGCUUCACUUGGGAAGAAAUUGAAAAUUGACAUGCUCUAUGAGAUUGAAAAGGUCCAGAAGAGGAAAGAGAGGCUGCUGAAAAAACAACAUAGACAGGCUCUCCUCCUUGAUAACAUGAUGAGUGCAAAUGGCCUUGCUGCUGGACGCUCCCUUCGUGAUAGAAAACCUGUCACUUAUACUUUUGAUGACUAUGACCGAUCAAUCAAUGAGGCUAUCAAGAUAACCAAAAAGAAACAGCCGUCCCCAGAACCUACUGUUGGAGGAGAAGGUUUUAUGAAGCCUGAUGCUUCUACAAAUGGUGGAUGGGGUGGGCCGUCAGAAAUUUCUUAUCUCUCCUUCGACGCACCAUCUCCUGGAUCACCUGAUUACGAGGAAAUUGAUGAACACUACAAAACUGAGUCAUUGGAUCGCAGCAAUCGACGAAGGCAGAGGCCCCAACGGUAUUCCGGGAAAGAGUUUGUUGAAGAAGUUUCAGAUAAUGAGGCAGAUUUUGACAGUGACGAUGAUAUAGUUGGGGAGGCUGUAUAUGAUGAAGAAUAUUUAAGGAGACGGAAACAAAGGAGGAAGAUGUCAAGCAGCUCUGAAGGUGAUGAAGAGUAUCAUGGGGAUGAAGAAAAUGUUGAAGACGAAGAAGAAGAAGAAGAAGAAGAUGAUGAUGAUAACUCAAGUGUAAGCGAAGAUAGUGAUGAACCCCAUAAGAAAUUGCCAGGCCGUACUAGGAGGGAAACUAAGUUAAGGUCAGUUGACGAGCUGCAGUCAGGUCUAAGACGUAGUAGAAGGGCAACCAGAAACCACAUCAAUUACAAACAGUAUGAGCUCUCAGAAUCGGAAACCGAGUCAAUGAAAUCUGAGAAGUCAAAUGCAUCUGACGAGCACACAGAUGCAAGUGAUAAUGCAGCCUUUUCAAUGGGAAGUCAAGACUCUGAAGGUAACAAUGACAACCAGGAGAUGAAAGUUGAUAAACCUGUUGAAGAGCAACCUGUGAUAGUAGAGAAAGAGCAAUCGCUGGAGAAAUUAAAUAGCCCAGGCCUAGACGAAGUUGAAGGUGUAAGGAAAAGACGUUUUCUUGAUCUAAAUGAGCUUGCGCCUGGUUCUGGCUUUGAUGAUGGUCUUAACUCGAUGAAAGAUGAAGAUACAGAUGACUUCUGAAUCUUUCCUCUCUGCCAGAGAGGGAUGUAGUUUUUCUUGUGAAGGUGAUUGUACAAUGUUAUUACCUAUGUAAAAUUUUGCGAUAAGUCCACUCCAUGAAGGAAGUGACAAUUAGAGAGUUCUGUCUUGGCAAAAUUCAAGCAUCUUCAUGCAGUUUAUUGAUGAUUUACAGCCGGGAGCUACGUGAUGCUUUGAAUAUUAUGUAGAUUGAGUAGUCAUUUGUCAGCACGUCUACAUUCAACAAAACCAACGAACCAAUGAGGAAUUGGUUGGGAGUAAUUCAGUCUUUCCUUAUUCAGUCAGUGUACAAUACCUUUUAACUGAUGUUGUAACCGAAAGAUUUCACUUCUAGAUGUUCAGGACCUGUGGUUUUCUCUUCCAUGGUCAUUGACAAUGCUCUGACCUACAAGCUAUAGGGUUGGAUGAACUCUAAUCAGAUUGGAGAGGCAUUUCUCUGCAUGGUUUUUGGGAGACUUCUGCACGAGGUACUUGCAACUUCAGCUGGCGCAAUCUUGGUCUCUUCUAUAACCGUUGAAUUGAUUUGAACGCUGAAUAUGCACCUAGUUGCAGAUCAAAAGCAGCUUCAGCUCUGUAUUAUCCCUCACAUAGUUCAGCUCAAGAUCAUCGACAUCGGAAUCCGGUGGCUGGUUGUGAAAGAAGAAAAGGAGGGUGUGGGAGGAAGAGGCAACAGGGGGAGGAAUAAAAGCUCAUGAAAGGGUUUAGUAGAAUGGUAGGUGAAGAAAAGAAGAAAAAAGAGGAACAAAGAGAAGAUGGGUAACUGGAUUUUUUGAGUAGAAAUUGAGAAGGAAGAGAGGGCUGAUGACAAAAAGACAAAAUCUGUCAGGUGGAUCUCACCAAUUAAAAAACGUAUUCGAAGGCAAUGUGCAGUACUCUCAGCAAUCAUGAAGUACGGGUGAGUAGUGCCAAUAUAGUGACACGAGGACAUGCAACUAAUAAUACUAAUUAAUACAAAUAAUAAUUGGUUAGG